UCGAGCGUCCGAUAAACGCAUCGGCGGACGUCAGUGAGACGCAGGAGGAGACCUUUAUAAAUAAGAAACCUUGUCGCAUUCUUUUCUCAGACUCACACUUCGAUUUCCCUCCUCCUCUUCUACAUUACCGGAAAACACUAUCUCGGACGGACCUCGGCUCGUGAUAAUGGCUACCUUUGGUGCGGCGGCGAACGCGAACACGAACCCUAAUAAAUCCUAUGAGGUUACUCCAUCACCCGCAGAUUCUAUCUCCAGCUUAAGUUUUAGUCCAAGAGCUGAUAUUCUUGUCGCCACUUCUUGGGACAAUCAGGUGAGAUGUUGGGAAAUAUCUCGUAGUGGAACCUCUCUAGCUACUGCUCCUAAAGCAUCUAUAUCUCAUGAUCAGCCGGUCUUAUGUUCUGCUUGGAAAGACGAUGGAACCACUGUCUUUAGUGGAGGAUGUGAUAAGCAAGCCAAAAUGUGGCCCUUGUUGUCUGGUGGUCAACCUGUAACUGUUGCCAUGCACGAUGCUCCUAUUGUGGACAUGGCCUGGAUCCCCGGAAUGAAUCUCCUCGUUACUGGAAGCUGGGAUAAGACAUUGAAAUAUUGGGAUACAAGGCAGCAAACUCCUGUGCAUACUCAACAGCUUCCAGAUAAAUGCUAUUCAUUGUCUGUGAAACAUCCGCUCUUGGUUGUAGGAACUGCAGAUAGGAAUCUCAUUGUCUUCAACUUGCAAAAUCCUCAGACCGAGUUCAAGAGAAUCGUGUCACCACUAAAGUACCAGACGAGAUGUGUUACUGCCUUCCCUGAUCAGCAAGGCUUUUUGGUUGGAUCAAUUGAGGGGCGGGUUGGUGUCCAUCAUCUGGAUGAUUCUCAGCAGAACAAGAACUUCACAUUCAAAUGCCACAGAGAUGGGAAUGAGAUCUAUUCUGUCAACGCUCUGAACUUCCACCCGGUACAUGGCACUUUUGCCACUGCUGGCUCAGAUGGGGCUUUCAAUUUCUGGGACAAGGAUAGUAAGCAAAGACUCAAGGCCAUGUCGAGGUGCAGUCAGCCAAUUCCUUGCAGUUCGUUUAAUCACGAUGGAUCUAUAUACGCAUAUGCGUCGUGCUAUGACUGGAACAAAGGUGCAGAGAAUCACAACCCGGCAACGGCGAAAAGCAGCAUUUUCUUGCACAUGCCACAGGAAAGCGAGGUUAAGGCGAAGCCAAGAGUAGCAAGCGGCAGAAAAUGAGAUUUGCUGAUUGAUUUUUAGUGUGUUUCUUCUACUUCCCUUGAGUGGAUGGUUCUUUUAGCUUUCGUUUUGGACCGUCUCUUUCUUUCCCCCUCAAGUAAAUCAAAAUCCUCCGGCUGUCUUAGAUGUUUCCGGUUUGGAAUUAUUUUUGUCUAAGUACUCUCUAAUACAAUGAAAUUUUUUUCUACAA